GUGUACAUGUUUUUUUUACCCACAGAUGUGUUUUUGUCAAAUGGUUACAUUUGUGUUGUGAAAUUUGUGUGUAUGACGUUUAGUCGGUUCCAAAUGAUUUUAAAAACCAGUUUCAUCUAGAGGAAACUGUUAAAAACUACACUCAGUUAAGCACCACUGUAUUGAAGGAGUCAUUUUACUGGUUUCCCUCAGUGUACCAGGAAGAAUUUGUUCUGUCUGGAUACCAGGAUAUCAGAAUGUUUGAGUCAGUGGCAGAGUUCUUGAAAGGUCUUCCUUGUUACGACGAGAACAACUUUGCCCGCUUCCACACGGAUAAUGGAAGUCGGACGUGCGUGAAGCGCCCAGCAGUUUACUUGCCCACAAAGGAUUACCCCUCUGAGCAGAUCAUAGUUACGGAGAAAGCGAAUAUCCUUCUUAGAUAUCUUCACCAGCAAUGGGAUAAAAAGAGCUCACAGAAGAAGCGUGACCAUGCGUACUUGGAGACGCCCGAGGAGUCCGGCUCAAGGAAAAGACCCAGGGUGGAGCCAGCGUGUGGGGUCGCCGGCGGAGACUCGUAAACUGCAAUUGUCAUCGCUCAUCGCAUCACACGUGUAAAUAAUGAAGCAAAGAGCACACACCAUGCGGCAAUUGUGAUUUCUUUUAUUUCUACUCAACAUUUUUAUACCGUCUUUCUUUGUACAUUUCACUUUUUUUUUUUUUUUCGUGGGGAAGACAUUUUGUGUUGCAGCAAAUACUCACGAGGUAAAAAAAUGUAAUUUGUCUUGGUCCAUGUUAUAGGCUACUUUAUUUUUUCCACAGUACGUAAAAAUUAUUAUGUAAAUUUUUGUGCUGUUUAGUUUUAUGUGCCAUUUGAAUAGCUGAUAAUUUUAGGCAUUUAUUUUUUACUGUUGGCCAUGUGAUAAAAGUGAAUGUGUGUGCGAGGUAAAUAAAUAUGCAGUGCUGUUCUUUGUUCAUUAAGCUAUUUGUUUAUGAUGGACCUUUAAUUUGGCCACGUAAUAAAAUAUAAUUUUAAGGCAUUACAAACUUUUUUAAGUUGUAUGAUCUUUAUGAAUAUGUUUAUCACUUAACAUUUGUUUUGUAAAUGUGUUUUAAAUGCAUAUAUUUGUUAUUUGAUACAAUAGAAAUGUCCUCUCAUUAUUUUGAUAAAAUGAUCUGCUAUAAUGGCUCAGUGUGCACAAUAUAAUAAGCUCUGUUAUAUACAUAACUAAUUCUGAAUGGAAUAAACAUGAAUCAAA